CAAUGACGCGCGGGCGGGUGAAGCCGGGAUCCUGCCAUGCCUCCGCGAAGCGACAUCUGUACAUCGUGAAGGAAGAUACUGGCAGUCAAUUCACAAGUCCUUUGUAGUUGGGGGUGAGAAAGAAUGUCGACGAGGGAUGAUGAGGCGGCCCGGUUAGUCAGCCUAGACAAAUGCACCAUCCCCGCCAUUCAUCGCGGCGUGGCAUGGCGCCUACAGUACUCCUCACCCGCCUUUGGUUCCCCCAGCAUCACGUACACCCAGGCAUAUAGCCACCCGUCACUCGCUUCACUCUCCUAAUGACCGCCCCUCCUUCCAAUGCCGACUCCGACUCCAACCGCAAGCUCAUCUGGGCUUCCGUUUACCGCACGCUAAUCCGUCACGCUCACCCCGACGCGCGCUUCAACCACGACUUCCUCUCCUUCGUGCCCGACUUCACCGGCUCCUCAUCCGCCAUCGCCCGCUUAGUAACGCUACCAUGCUACCAAUCCGCCGCCGUCAUCCUCGUCACGCCCGACAACAGCCUCGAAAACCUGCGAUGCCGCGCCCUGAAAGACGGGAAGAAAGUGCUAGUCGCUACAUACCGACUACGCAGAGGCUUUUUCUUACUACAUCCCGGGCGAAUAAACGAGAGUAAAUACGAAAUAGCCGCGUGUCUGGACGGCAUGGAGAAACCAGGCAUAGGACGCUCGGUAUCGCUUGCGCAGCUGCGUGAUGAAGGACUCAAAGUAGACCUAUGUGUCACCGGCGGUCUGGUUUUCAACGCGCAAGGCGUAACAAUCUGGGAAGGACAUAAUCUAUUCGAGAUACAAUGGGCGUUGCUGGCCGACCUAGGCGUUUUACACACGCAGACACCUGUUGUGGCUGUUGCACAUGACUGUCAGGUCGUUGACGAGACAACGCUAGGCGUGGACAAGGUAAUGCCGAUGAGGAAGGGAGAGGUACAGUGUGACUUUGUUGUUACACCGGAUAAGCUGUAUGAGGUAGGGGGGGCGGUUAAGCCUAGCACAGGUGUGGAUUUUGAGAACGUGGAUCCCGAGGGCGUGCAGAAUAUUCCGCCACUGCAGGAGUUGAGGGGGAUUAGGAUGAUGGAGAAGAUCAUGCAUAGGGAAGGCUUUGUUUCUGAGAAGGAAGAGAAAGCUGAUGAAGCGCCGAACGAGGAUGAGCAGAUGGGUAUUAGUAUUGUGGAGAAGCUGAUGCAGAGUUAUAGGGCGUAGUAAAUGAAGAUUAUGAUAAUGUACUUACGUGCGAGGUAGGUCUGCAAGGCAUGUUGAAGAGAUUAUAUUACUAUACUGUAAGUUCCGCCUGUAGAAGCCGGAGCGAAAGCAAAGUACGCCAUCCAAGGCGUAUGCGAAGAUUGUACGCCAACGCAAUGAAAAUAUCCCCAAGCCGCCUUUCCCUCAUUUUCCCUCACUCAGACUCCACCCGUCAAGCACACAUACCCUAAACCCCCUCCUUCCAACACACCACCC